AUGAUAUCCAUUCAUCCUCUGUUUCUCGGAGUACGUAUAGAUAAGAAGCCAUAAGUUAGCGGUCAAAAGGACAUGCUUUCCAACAGACGUUUAGUUGAACCACGUGGUAGGGGGGGAGAUUGUAACUAUCCCGGCAGCCAACCGUUAAACCUGAACCGCAACUCGUCCGCACUGUUUUACUCAUUUCCACCGCGCUAUCUUUCUCAGCAUCUGGUUUACCCGUUCCUCUCCUUUCUGCUUUGUUGUACUUGUAGGUCAAUGACUUCAGUUUCGCUCGGAAAACGGAAAAGAAGGAGUUGAUGAAGGACAUUGCGAGUGAGCUCAGCGCCGCAAAAACGGAAGAUUCCGUCUCGGCCUUACCUGGUAUGACAACCGUACAUAUUAAUGCCUUCUCUAUCCGACCCUCCAUUUAAUCGGGAAUGCGGUCUUGUAGUGUAAUGUGUCCGUCUAUUUAACCUAGUCUGCAUCACGCCUUAUUCAGCAACGAUGAUGCUACCAGGAUGCAGAGAGAUGAAGUCACAAGGUCUGAUGGCGGCACCGCGAACUCCCAUUAAAUUAGAUGCUUUGCCACUAUUGCCUUGCGGUUACGUUCUUGAAUCGAUGCAUUGGGGGGGGGGGACAACCUCGAACAAACAAUCCGACCUGCCAUUGGACACCGACCUGUACUCAAAAUUGCCAGAACGCCUCACCAAAAAUGUCCAAUACAUAUGUAUUAUGAUCUCUGCCACGGCGUCCGCGGGCAUUUAAGCACUCCGCAAACCCCGUACGGUGGUUUAGACAAGUAGUCUGCACACCGUGUCCCACAAUUACUGAACGGAUGGUUGAUAUUGAAUGUUGGAGUGUGCGAACAUUCCUCGACUCUUACCCAAAGUCUUACGGUGCGUAGUCCUCAUCACGACAACCUGGACGACUGUUGACUGCCUCAGGUCCGAAUCCCCUACCAAGGCCCUUAGGAAAUAAAAAUCUCCCGAGUCAAAUCCCACUUCACGCUUGUUAUCAGCGGCUUAUGCGACUACUUUCAUAGAAGCGGUGUGGUGAUUGUGCUCACACUAGAGGUGCGUCAUGCGUUGCCUGUGUUUAAACCCGCCAAUGACAGGCUAGCCUGCGUACAACUGAGAUGGCACUUUGCUAACAUAGGUUCACGCCAUGGCAUAAACUGCAGGCCAGCGGGAUAGAGAAAUCUGCUCGCAAUCGCAAGAACGGGCUGACAGACCCCAUGGUUGUGGACUGCUGAUUGUUGUCUGGGACUGGAGUGGGCAGGCCUGGUUGGGCAUUUGCAAUAUCUUUACGCUAAUGGCAACUUUUGACUUAAUUCCCGAUACGACGAUGGUGAAGACUGUUGAGCCUUGUCUAUUAGAAACGGACUAGUUGUCACUAAUGCGUGCUUUAAGUAUCAUCGCAAACACCUGUUAAUAUAGUAUUCAAGCGAUAAUCGCAUUGUCAGUCAGAUUCACGGCAUUUUAUUCGGUUCUAUGUUUCGUAAAUGAGCUCAUGUUAUUUUAUCGGCGCUUGAGUCAGGCCACCCCCAAAAUUUCAUCUCCAUUCUGCACCCAAAUUGUCGUGUGCAAGACGCAUUAAUGUCAUACAAUUACGGCAGUCCAGCAUAGUCGAGGCUUCGCACACAGAAAUUUGAUCUCGUACUGUAACCUGAGCUGACGGAAAAGGCAGCUGCAAUGAUCAUCCGUGAUAUCAUCCCUCUACGAUGCAGCUGAGAAAAUUCAUGGAUUCGACCAGCAGCAAAGGAGUGACUCGGUCAGUGGAAAACCGUUGUAGUUGACUGCGCAAACGGCUUGAGUUAGGUCUCACAACGACGGUUUUUUUCCGCCAACUCCUAGAUACAACGUUAUAGUCAGUCAGAGAUGAUUGCGAAGUCCGUUGUGUUUAGAUGUUGACGUCCAUGUAGCAGGCUUCAGCCGUCAUGGACAUUCGAAAAUUCUGCGAUGCAAUUCGACGUGUCAAUGGUAGACCACAUGCACCGACUGACCCUCUUCACGAUGUGAGUGGUAGCUUUGUAGCUGACGUUUCGGUCAAGGUCGAGUGCCUGUGCUAUCACUUCGUACACCCUCAGGACCUCUAUAACCGACUCUCUCUCGCUCUUUCACCUCUGUUCGUAACUGCGUUUUACUACUUUCUGGCCUAUGCAGUAACACGUGACCCCUUUUCUAGAGAAUAAGUCAUCGAUGCAGUGCAGAGGCUGUGCAAAAAAGACGUCCGAGCGAUCUGACAUUCCUUUUGAAGUUCCCGAGUCUUGUGCAGACAUUAGCGCUCUAGCAUCAUGAGGGGAUUGGACGGACUUGGGGAGAUGAGCUCGUUCCUGAUGACUGGAGCUCGGUUAUCCUUGUGGUCCGUCUUCGUGGUCGAAGAAGUGUGAGAAAUGUCAUUGACGCUGUUUCAGAAGCUUUUACCAUUGUCAUCAGUGGGCUAUUUCAGAGUGGGUGCGACUCUAGAACCAAAACCAGCCAGGUCGGCUUCCUGGCUGGAUGUGGUUGCACGGAUCGGAUUUUCACACUGUCGGGCAUUCUUGGAUACCCCUCACGUCUUCCAGCAACUGACUAUUGUCUGCCCUGUCGACAUCUUCGUCGCGUUCGUUUUCUUGUAUCGUGAACAGUGUGGCAGAAAUGCAACUGAAUGGUAUACGGACAAGAGUCAACGGCAUGACCACCAGUGCCCACCAUAGCUCCCCAAUACGGGGGUCUUUGUCCACUGACGGAAUAACUCGGUUGAUAGCAGAACGAAGAGUCAGGCUGCAAUGGCUCCUCACCUUGACCUUUAUGACACUCACUGCUGCAAGAUCCGGGCCGUCCUUUCAAUAGCCUGGCGCAUGUAGUUGGAGCGAGGUCUUGUAGAAGGGCUGUUCUGCUUUACUGGCCACUAUUCAUUUUGACUAUGCUCAUUCAGGGGAAAUUCGUGGGUGUGCGAGGCGAGAGUGGGAUGCGCGCUGCAAGUGAUGCCAGUCCUGCAAUCCUGCUGACAUUUAAGUCACCAUUGCGCCUUUGGAUGUUUGGAGAUAAAUGAAGUAUCAGCUGUUUGGUCCGAUAGACAGCUGCCCGGUCAAAGGUUAACGGAUGUUAGACACGCAUCUCAGAGUCUCUGCGACUUCCUUUUAGUCGGGUUCUACGAUAUGGAUUACCCGUCUAAGCACUCAGGACCCACUUGUGUCGGUAAUGCUUCCAUUGCUCGACUCUAACCAAUAGUAUUUUUCACUCUCCUGGCUGCCCUCCUAACAUUCCCGCCGUUUUGCAACCACUUUGACUCGAAAUUUUCUGACAGUGUUACUGCCUUUCUCUUAAGUUUAACUGGUACUGAAUACUCGUACCAUCUUUUCUGUGGUCAUCUUUGACUGCCUUAGUGUGGCGCAUCGACACGUCCGGAUGCUGUCAACCCAAUAUCAUCAUCCUUUCCCCUAUCCCCACCCCAAUUCAAUCCUUCCGUCCCCACUAUCCUCUAGAUGGGAAAAUAUUCCCCUAAUUAAUUUCCACCAAAUGUCUAGACUCUCCAUCCAUACCCUGCUGUUGGAGCCUUUCAUUUUCGAGACAUUCUCGGGACAGUUAAACAACUUCCUUUAUCUGGUUAACGAGGGAGAGAUAGGAACAAGAAUCUUGAGGUCGUCUCUGGUGAUCUGCAACUCUGAGGGUACCCAGGAUAUUCAUGAGAGCCCGCCUGCUACGCUAAGCAACCCUGACCUCAGAGACCGCUAUCUGUUAGGAUUUCCGUCAUUCUUAUGGUAUUCCUGCAUCCUAACCUGAGUCAAGCGUCCCUUUGGCAAUAGUUUGAGGCGGUUAAAACAGUCCGCGCUUCACUUGUUUAACAUUCCUAGCCUCAUAACUCUCCCCCACUCCUAUCCCUGCUAGCUCGUCCGCCACCGACCUACCUACAGACUGCGAACCCACCAGCAUCUGCGCCUGCGGCUCAACCAGCGGCGCCACCCGCGGCACCUCACGCUGCCCAUGCUGCACAGCCUCCCAUGGCCAUGCCUUCACAAUAUCCGUAUUGGCCAGGCUACGGAAUGGCUCCCAGUAGGUCCAUCGUAACUACUCUGCCGAUGUUUCUGACUUCCUCUUCCACUCUUCGCCCUGAAAUAAUGACUGCGAGGCUCUGUCGACAAAUUCGCCGCUCGAUCUGCCUCGUGCAAUCACAGCUCAUAGUAGGAGUCUAGAUGAAUGCUCAGUGUUGUCGCUUUGGUCUGCAAGCACUUUGUCCUUCAGACUGCAUCUCUUAUAUAUCUCAGUUGUCCAAUAUUCCGACAAGUGUUUCGCUAAUUUCUUGCGACUUCAGCAUGGUCAAUCUCAGCCUACUCUUGUUUAAUGCCGUUGAGUUUUGUGUUUAGCACAACCGUUCCAACAGCCCAUCUUCUAUGAAAACAAGAGCAGUGGUUGGUUUAGGUUGUCAACUAUGUUUCCUCUAACUGCCCCACUCCAGGCAGGAAUCUGGUGCGUGGAAUUUCAUUAAAUGACUUUCACCUGUCUUUCUUUAGUGCCACCGAUGGGUCAGAUGCCACCGCUUCCGGCCUAUGGCGCCUACGGCUACCCGAUGCCUGGCAUGCCCAUGUACUACCCACCCCCCACACAACCCACAGCACCCGGUUCUCACCCUCCACACACCUAA